AUGAAUAUAGAUAGAAUGUUGAUUGUAUUUUACCUUUUAAUUACAUUGCUAUUCAAUUCAAACGCUUUGCCUUUUAAGAAGUCAAAUUUAACACACCUGGAUAGUCUGUAUUUUAAACAUAACAAAAGGCAUAAAAUUCUAAAGGAUAGAAUUGCAUAUAUACCAAAGAUUCCUCAAUGUAAAGCUGUAAAUAAGUUUAAUUUUAUACACAUUCACACUUUUAAUCCGAUGUGUCGUGGUUAUAUAUCGCAAUUUGGUCAUAAUGAUACUAAAGUAUAUGACUCACUUAAUGCAGAUGUUGGUGCUUCAAAAAAUAGUAUUCAGAAAGAUAACGAAACGGGAAAUUUUGAUAGUAGCCUGUUAAACAGCGCUUUAAGUCCAAUUUUUAAUAGCAUGAAAAGUCCAAGAGCGUCAAAUAGAUAUUACCUAAAGUCGAAAUUUUCUGGAAAUUCAUUGCCUACGCAGUGGAGCUUUAGAGAUAAGGACAAAAUGGACGAUAAAGUUUCAGAAUAUGAGACUCUAAUGUCGGAUAUAGAAAAACUUUCAAAGUCCAAAGAAAAAUCAGAUAAAGAUUUGUACUCCUUCAUUCAAAAAAAUUUUAAGGAAUCUACGUAUGACCCAGAGUUGAAUUUGACAUCACAUGAAGUUAUGAAAGCAUUUAGAACACAAACUUUUGGAGAUGACCUGCAAGAAAAAGAGUGGAUUAAAUACAUGAAUAGACUCAGAAAAAAAUUGCAAAGAAAGCUUGAAGAUAAGGAGAAAAUACCUCCUAUUCCAGACCCAGUGGAUGUAAACUUGGAGACUAAAGCUAAACAUGAUUCUUGUGGGUUCAGAUAUCCAAUUGAAGGAACACCGGACGAGGUUGUAGGUGACCCAAAUGCAUAUAAGUUUUGGGGAAGAACGCCUUUAUCCCAAGUACAAACAACUCAUUCAAUUGGACUUUAUUCAGGAAAAUUGGAAAAAAAAGAUUUAAAGCCUGAGGAUAUAAUUACAACAAAUUCAUUACAACAUGAAAAGAAGAUAAACAAACUCCUAAAAUCAGUUAGAGAAGCUAAUUUUAAGGCUAAAAUGGACGAUAUAUUAAACAAUAUAAGUGACAGGUCAAGAAAACGAAACCCCAAAGUUGCUCCCGUAAGUCAAGAUGGUUUGAAGGAAACCGUUUCUCCUGAUGAUUUCAGAUAUAAGAACAUUCAAUUUGGAAAUUAUUACGAAGAUUUCAAAAAUGACUUUUUAAACGCAGAUACAUAUAACCAGGAACGAAUUUUGAACCUCCUUAAUCCAUAUAAUCCAUGGGAAGAGUAUAUAAAGCUGAGGAACCUUAAGUCCACAAUUCCUCCAAUUGGAGUCAACUACAAAGUUAACCUGAAAACCCUAAAAGUUGGAUUCAAAAGUAAAGAAUCAAUACCAGAGGAUAAAAUAAACGCCUUUUUAAAAGAAUAUUUGCACUAUUUCCUGAUACUGAGGGCAGACGAACGUCUUUUUGAGGAGUUCAAGAAUGCCACUUUUUUGUAUGAUAUCUUAAAGUACUUUGAUAUAAGUUAUCCAAUAGAGGUUAAAGAACUUGAGAAGAUUCCUGAUCUGGAGGAUCAUUUUUACAAGAUUUAUUUUCCUGAUCUGUGCCCUGAUGGAUUCCCAAAACCACCUCCUGAUCCAGAAUUUCACCUUACAAUGGGAAAUCAGGAUGAUUUGAUGGCUCUGAAUGAUAAAAUAACAGGGAAAAAGAAUAGUUAUCAUAGAGUAAAUAUGGUAUGUUGUUUAAUGGCGCUGGCGAAAUGUUAUCCCUUGGCCAGGUACUACACGAGUGAUAUUUUUACAGACCAAAGGAUAAAGACGAUUCUAGACACAUUGGAGAAAGGUUUAACACUUGAAAUGCAAAGAUUAGAAUAUGGAAUAUCCGACAUCGAGGUAAACAAUUUGAACCAAAGUUCAUUCUGCCAGAUAGAUGGCACUUUUCUGUCAUCACUAACGGACGUUCUGAUCCAGUGGAACAUAACAAGCGGUGUAGAAAAUAUCCUAGAUUUGGCUCUUCUGAUAACACUUAAAAGACUAAAUGAUAUACAGGGAAAACAUUUGGUAAACAUAGUUAGGAACAUUUCAUACCUGACAACUCUUCCAGAAAGUGUGUUUACAUCUUUUUUAGCUAAAAUCGUUGAAUUUGUUCACGAAAAGUUGAAAUUUGGCCUCGUUAACAAAGAUCAAUGGAUGGAGUUGCCGGAUGCUUUGGAUUUUUUAUCGUUGAUAAGUAAUUACAAAAGCGUAGUUACGCCUAAGCUUAUGAAGACUUUUGUUCAGCUGUACAGGGACUCGAUAGUUGAUUUUGGUAGAGAUUUUACAAACUCAUAUCAAACAGUAAAUUUAAAAGUUGAUAAAAAAAUGGAAAAUCCAAAUAUUUCAUCUUUUGAAAAAAGAAAGUCACAAAUAUUUCCCUUGGUGAGUUGUUUACAACUUUCAGGCCUGACUGAGUACAUGUACCUGGUUGACGAAGUGACUAAAGUGCUGACAAGUGACGACUUUGAAUUAAACUCAAUAGCCUCAAUUUCAGUCCUGGAAACAUUUAAUGAGGCAGAAGAAUUUCAGAGUAGAGUAAUUGCCAGAACCAAGAGCACCUUGAUGAGGAACAAGUACGAUAUGGAAUCAGGAAGAAUAUUGAAAGUCUUGAGAGCCUUCACUGAAGGUGUAAAGAGCGGUAGAUUAGAUCCGGACUCCUUAUUCUUUUGUACCAUGAUAAAGUACUUUUGCCUACUUAAAAGUCCUCCACCUGAAGAUCUGGUUGAUGCGUGUGCUGUUACUGAUGAGUUUUCGCCCUACCUAAGCCGUAUUCAACUCCGUGAGAUUUUUGAAGAUUUGUCUAAUAAACCUUUAUACUUUAAUCUCUUAACUAGACUAGGUUUGCAGGGAGAGUUUUUGGAAUAUCCAAUAGCCACAGUAGCACAAGUCCUAUAUUACUCUUCAAAAAACAAUGUAAUAGUUCAAAAGAAUUGGGAGACUUUUUACAAGAUGAUUACAAUUUUUAAGCACAUUUUAUCAAUGAAAGACAUCAUGUCGAUUCUGGAUGCAUUGAUCAUUUCACACUUCACCAACGCUGAUGAGUUACUUGAUAUUCUGUGUAAGAGAGUGUGUAAUCUUAUAGAAGUGACGGACGUUGAACCAAAGAGAGUUUUCGAGGUAAUAGAGAAGUGCAUGGAGUUGGAUUACGUUCCAGCCCAGUUGUUGAGGUUUUAUGCAUACUGGAAUAUGUACUAUGUGCAAGGAGCAGAUCACGUGCAGAGUUUAUUGGAGGGUCCUCAACUGUAUGACGUGGAUUUCAGGGGUUGGAAAAGACCUGUCACGUUUGAUAAGAGCAGAGAGUGUAUAAACCUUCACCAUAACAUGUAUUAUGAAGUGAAGAUGGACGGUUCAAGGGCACAUGUACCACACAGUCUAAGGUACUCAAUGCAAAGACCAUUAAGAAAGCCGAGAGAAUUUGAAGAUAUUGAGCGAAAACAAGUGGAUAAAGAUGUUUUGAAGGAACUCAUGUCGAUGGUUUCAAGAGCCAAGGGCAUGGAAUAUAAAUUCUCAGAAACCGAUCAGAAGAUAAUAGAUUCUAUGCAAAACUUAACAAGAGAUAAUAAAUUAAACAUUAAUUUCUAAAUAUUUUACAUUGACUAGCUAUGACGACGGCUUCUGUGCCUAUCUCUACUCCUACUAC